GGCCGGACCUCGGGGGUGCCCGGCUCCCGGCCAGUGGCGUGGAGCGAGUUCGACGUUUCCUCAGUCCUGGCAGGAUGCUGCCUUCCUCCCGGACCCAGCUGGGGCUCUUCUUCAUCCUUCUCUGCCCCGCUAACAUCAUCGGGCUCUGGUGGGCAGUGGGGAGCCCCCUGGUCAUGGACCCCAACAGCAUCUGCCGCAAGACGAAGCGGCUGGCGGGGAAGCAGGCAGAGCUGUGCCAGCUGGAGCCAGAGAUUGUGCAGGAGGUGGCCAAGGGCACCAAGCUGGGCGUCCGGGAGUGCCAGUACCAAUUCCGCUUCCGCCGCUGGAACUGCACCAGCCACAGCAAGUACUUCGGCAAGAUCCUGCAGCAGGAUAUCCGUGAAACAGCAUUCGUGUACGCCAUCACGGCGGCUGGAGUGAGCCACGCCAUCACGCAGGCCUGCAGCAUGGGCGAGCUGCUGCAGUGUGGCUGUGAGCUGACACGGAGCCGGGCCCCCCCCUCGCCCACAGCGGGGCCAGGCACAGAGGGCACUGCCUGGGAGUGGGGGGGCUGUGGGGAUGAUGUGCAGUUUGGCUACGAGAAAUCCCAGCAGUUCAUGGAUGCCAAGAACAAGAAAGGCAAAAAUGACAUCCGAGCUCUUAUCGACCUGCACAACAACGAAGCUGGGCGCUUGGCGGUGCGCAGCUACAUGAGGACAGAGUGCAAAUGCCACGGGCUGUCGGGCUCCUGCACCCUGCGGACCUGCUGGAGGAAGAUGCCCCAUUUCCGCGAGGUGGGGGAUCGCCUGCUCGAGCGCUUCAAUGGGGCUUUCAAGGUGAUGGGAGGCAACGACGGGAAAACCCUCAUCCCUGUGGGUGACAACAUCAAGCCUCCCGAUAAACAGGACCUCAUCUACUCAGCCGACUCACCUGAUUUCUGCUCGGCUAAUCGUAAGACAGGCUCGCUGGGUACCAGGGGCCGUGUCUGCAACAGCACAGCCAUGGACACAAGUGGCUGCGACCUGCUGUGCUGCGGGAGAGGGCACCGGGACGAGACGGUGGUGCUGGAGGAGAACUGCCUUUGCCGCUUCCACUGGUGCUGUGUGGUGCAGUGCCGCAAGUGCUCCGUCCGUCAGGAGCUCAGCCUCUGCAUCUGACAGCCUGGGGUCAGGCGAGGACAAUUUGGGAGGCCACCUCCAGGCUCACAAGGCUCCCCUGGGACAGAGACAGGUGGAGCCAGUGGCAGGGUCAGCGUGGGUGAGCUCAGCUCUGCGCUCUUGGGAGUCCUGGCUUCCCCAGAGGGCAGCAUGGGGCUGCCUGGCAUCCCCCAAGGUCCCCGUGGCACAGAGCUUCCACUAAUAAAGCUAUUU